AUGGACUAUCAUCCAGCCAGUGGGUUGAUGAUUGUGACUUUCCUACGAGUACGACCAGGUGUACCGAUAACAUUGGGAGCUUUCUGCACAACGGACUACCCUACUGCAGGAUCCAGCCCUAAAAUUUGGAGAUUCCCUAAUCCCUUUGCGAAUGAACUACGAUCGUCUGAUUUUGAAUUUAUAACCGACAAAGAUGGAUUGAAAAAGUUAAAUCCUCUGUUAAAACCCGAUGAACAGUGGGAUGACUCCGUGAUCUUUCCAGAUGAAGUUGAAAGGAUAAUUUCAGUGUAUCAAGUCACAAUUGACGAGAAGUGCAAUCGUGUGUAUUUUGUGGAUAAUGGACAGGUGACCUACAACCUCAAUACAACCUACGUUAUGCAGAAGCCAGCUCUUGUGGUUGUAGAACUUCCCACAGAUGGAUGUAGUGCGAGAAAUUUUCCCAUAAUUCGUCGUGCUGAAUUUCCAGAUGGAAUUGCAGCAAAAGGAUCUGAUGGAUUUUCCCACAUUGCCCUGGAUCAUCAGCCUGGAGAUUCAUGUGAUGACCUCUUCCUCUACAUUCCAAAUAUCUUCCAUAAAUAUCUCACUGUUUAUGAUUACAAAGAAAAUGAAUUUUGGACAAUUGAGCAUGAGACAUUUCAACCAGUUAUAGCUGAAUCUAAUUUUAUUUUUGAUGAAACUUUAGCCUAUGACCUGGCAUUGGGACCCUUAUCAAUUGCUCUAGGACAUGCAGAUGAAAAUGGCGAAAAAACUGUCUAUUAUGCAUCUAUUGCAAGCACAGGACUCUACGCGGUGUCCACGAAAGUUCUCAGAGAUAAAAGUAAAUCGAAUGAAAUUCAACAUUCCGAGGAUUUUAGAAUUAUUGGCUACCGCGGGUGUGAUCAUCAGAUUCUGAAGACAAUCAUUGACGACACACAUGGCGUGAUGUUCUUCUCUGAAGUUCAAUCCAAUCAAAUUCGUUGCUGGAAUAUGAGUAAACCCCUCAAUUCGGACAACAUUGGGGUAGUUUAUGAAUCCAAAGACCUUAAGUUUGGCUUGCAAAUGUUCAUUGAUUCCCUGGGCUACCUCUGGUUCCACUCAACUAGACUUCCACUGAUCUACAAAACUGAUUUACCCCUAAAUCUCGAUGAAGUUAAUUCAAGAAUUUUCCGUGUUAAAGUUACUGAUGCAAUUCGUGGAACAAUUUGUGUGAAUGAGCAAGAAGUUUAAUAAAGAAAAACUUUUAAAUCCCACACAAAAACGUUAAAAUGGAACAUCUUCUACCUGAGCCAAAAAAAGCUCCUCCUAUACCUGGUUUUAUUAAGAAUGAAAUCAAAGCUAAAAAAAAAGGCAGGUCAACGUUAGAAGCAUCGAAAGUUGCAAGA